AUGCCAAACCCGGGAGACCAGCACCAGCACAUCUCCAACCCCUUCCAAAACAUACAACCCCAGCAGGGCUUCGGCGACAUGCAUCAACAAAACUUGCAACAGCAGCCCGCACAGCGGCUGUCCGAGUACACCGCCCAGGAGAUUGCUACCCUCCAAAGCCGUCUCGAGAAACAGCUCGGCCCCGAGUAUCUGUCCGCACGCUCCGGUCCCUCUGGCCAGAAGGUCCACUACAUCGCGGCUGAGAAAGUCAUUACGCUCGCCAAUGAGGUUUUUGGCUUCAACGGUUGGUCGUCGUCGAUUCAGAACAUCCAGGUCGAUUUCGUUGACGAACACCCACAAACAUUAAAGAUCUCUGUCGGGCUGUCUGUCAUUGUCCGGGUGACGCUUCGCGACGGCACGUAUCACGAAGACAUUGGCUACGGCCACAUUGAGAACUGCAAAGGCAAAGCCGCCGCUUUCGAAAAGGCCAAGAAGGAGGGCACCACGGACGCUCUCAAGCGUGCCCUGCGUAGUUUCGGUAACGUCCUGGGCAACUGCAUCUACGACAAGAAGUAUGUGGAGCGUGUGUCCAAGAUGAAGGCCGUGCCCGUGAACAAACGCACGUUUGCCGAGCAGGGCCUGCACCGGCAUGCCGACUACGUCGUCAAGUCGGAAGACGAUACGACCACGGCCGUCACGACGGCUGUGCCGACAGCGGCAGCGCGGCUUCCGCAAGCGGUCGCGGCAAGCGUCAAAGCCGAAACGUCUGUUCUGGCGGACACGUCCGAAUUUGCGGCAGACAUGUUUGACGAUGACUUGCUCGGCGACUUUGAUGAGGCCGACUUUUGUGUAACCGACGAAGGCCACCCCGAUGAGUUUGUCGUCCGCGAAUCCUCUGUGCCCGCACUUCCCCCGCCUCAGCAGAGCGUGGGCUCGAGGAACACGAGUCCACUGCGACAGGUCGUCCCACAGCAGAACGGCAACUACAACAACCAGCAGAGACCAGUCAGGCCGGGCGUGCCUCCAGGGGCACCGCAAACGCCGACACCAAUGAACGCCAGGCCCAUCGGGAACGGCAAUGGCAACGGGUUUGGGCAAAGACCUUACCAGCCUGGUGCGAACCACCAGCAGACCAACGGGCCGCAGCAGCAAGGCCAAAGGCCACAGGGCUUCGGCAGCAACGGCGGCAAUAAUAACGUGAGCAGCAAUAACAACAACAACAACAACAACAACAACAACAACAACAACGUCAAACCAACGCCACUUCCAACUGUGAAUAGUAGCGGCGGCAAUGGUAACAAUGUUGCUGCCGGCGGUGCAGGCGAGGUCGAACCCACCCCCUGGUUGUCGGCCCGUGCUGUCGCCAAGGUCGGCGGUGGGGAUCCCCUCCCCGCGGUGGCCCCGAAGAUUCAGGGUGAACACCUAUUCGACCCCAAGGCCGAAAGUCCCUCGAUCCGCAAAACGCCUGGGUUCGACCACAAUUCGUCCAAGCCGAUCCCACGCCUCAACCGCCCAAGUGGCAGCAUCGCGCUGCCGCCAUCAGCCAACGCGGCAUCAAAUGUCACGUCAGCCUCUACCAGUUCUCCUGCCGCCGCGUCCAACAUGCCAUCCGGUGCGCCUGCCACUGGUGGCAUGACCACCCGGAGCGGUGUACAUCACCCGGGAAUGGAGCCAAUCCGGCGCAUCGGAGCACCGCCUAGCACAGCGAGCCCCCUCGCGAACCGGAACCAAUUCCGGCCUCCACCCAUGAAACGUGGCCCGCCAACAGACUCUACCACCGGCGCGUCCCGACCGCCUCUUGCGGAUGUGCCAAGCAAUGUGCCGGUGAACGGCGGGACUAUUGUAGCUGCGGGUUCUGCUGGUGCAGCAAGCGUGGACGCCAAGCGACAGAAGCUUGCAUAG